AUGCUGCAACGAACUGUCCUUAAAGAAUAUUGUGAUUUCAUUGAUCUCUUCUCCAAGAAAAAGGCAAAUGCUUUACCCCCUCAUCGGGAUAACGAUCAUAAAAUUAGAUUGACACAACCCAACAACUUGACACUGUCUUCAUUAUAUCGACAAACGACCCAGGAAUUACAAGCUUUAAAGAAGUUCGUCGAUGAGAACUUGAAUCGGGGAUGGAUCGCUUCUAGUAACGCUUCGUUUGCUGUACCUAUUCUUUUCGUCAAAAAGGCUAAUGGGGAUCUGAGAUUAUAUAUGGACUACCGGAAAUUAAACGAAAUCUCAGCCAAAGAUGAUUAUCCGCUUCCAAGGAUUGACGAGAUCCUCUCGCAAAUAUCCAAAGCCAAAAUCUUCACGAAACUCGGUCUACGCGCUGCUUUCAAUGCUAUUCGAAUGUAUUCUGAUUCAGAGGAACUCACUGUGUUCCAAACUUGCUUUGGACAAUUCAAAUCGCUGGUUUUGCCUUUCGGAUUGUCAAAAGGACCCGGGACUUAUCAACGGUUCAUCAAUAAUCUUUUGAUGAAGAACCUGGGAAACUUCUGUACUGUAUACCUGGAUGAUAUCAUUAUCUACUCUACAGAUCCAUCAGAAUAUACUAUUCAAGUCAGAUGA